AACAGACUGCAAUAUACUAUACAUUGUAGGUAGAGUUAAUAACAGCACUGGAGUGAUAGUAGUGCAGAAGACAUGCUGGAGCCAUCAAACAAGUCGCUUUGAAUGUAAAAUCGGUCAUAAUAUAAGCAUGAUGUAGGAGAAUAUUUCCCAGCAGCAGGGUGCAGUGCUGUUAUUUGAGGUGCUGUAUUGUGCAUCACCAGCAGAGGGCAGUGUAGAAUUAUCUUGCUGUAUUCAGACUCAAAGUGGAGGUUUAAAGAGCUGGACUGCAAAGCGACCUCACUCAUGGCAGGAGCCAUAUUGAACUGCAAAUCUCAUUUUCACAACUUUACAAACUAUUAUCCCUCACAGGCUCGUUUUCAUUCCUUUCACAAAUCAAUAAAUAGACACGGCGUAUUAGCCUAAUAAUUCCAAUGCAAUAAAAGAAGGGCUUUUUCACAAUAGCUCUUUCAUUAUAUGGCACUAUGUUCUUGGUGCUUAUGGCUAAUGAUAAUCACUACCUCCUUCCCAAAUCCCUACAGUAACCUUUACACACUUUUAGAUUUUAAUGAAGAUGUUAUUAAGCCGUCUUCCUCCCAAAGGUUCCCACAGUGUAGGUGAUUUCAGCUUUUAAUUCAGUCAUGUUCAAAUCAAGUGAACUGAUGCUAUAAUAUGAGCAGGUUUUUGGACAUACAGCAGUCCCAGAUGUAAAUGCAUGAAAAUCUGUCUUCUAAAAAUCUAAAACCCAAACAACUACUGGCUAGCACUAAAAUGUUCCAUGUUAUACCAAUGCACUCUUCAGUACGCGUGUGUGCAGCAAAGCAGUGCAGUGUUCGGUCUUGACCUUUUGUACAGGUGAGUUAGGGUUAGGUUAAAACCGCUCAUUUCUGAAGCUGCCGUCUCUCCGGAGGUCGCUCGUGCGCAUGCGCAGUCUCCGCCUGCAGCUCGGUCCGUGGCGGCUGCUGCUGCUGUCUCUGUCCGCCGCUCCGAGAAGCUCCGUGUUUUUCCGCCGCGUUCUCGCCCGUCUAUGCGUCCGAAUCCGCCCGCGCUGCUCGGUCCGUGCUCCCGGUAAAAGGCUCGUCUCACCACGGCUCCGGGCGUUAUGCGCUCAAAUGCGGCCUACACGCUGAAGCUGUCCUCUUCCUCCUCCUCCUCCUCCUCCUCCUCCUCCCAUGCAUGAAUCUCACCGUGAUGGCUGAUGAUCAACAACAACAGCCCGGUGCUCCCGGAGCGUCCCUGCAGAGCCCCGAAGCGACGGCGCUGCAGUACAACAAGAUCAAGAACUCCAUUUGCAAAUCAGUCCAAUCAAAAGUGGAGAGUAUAUUGCAAGAUGUUGAGAAGUUUACAGAUAUCGAAAAGCUCUACCUCUACCUUAAGUUGCCUUCUGGUCCCAGUGGUGGCAAUGACAAAAGAACUGAAAAUCAGAGGGGCUCUGCAAGUCCUGCGAUAUGCGACCAGAAUUCCAUGUCGUCCAGCCGGACUCAACAGAUGUACGCCUUCAACUGGAUCCGAAAUCACUUGGAAGAGCACCCAGAAACCUCACUGCCAAAACAAGAGGUGUACGACGAAUACAAGAGUUAUUGCGACAAUCUGGGUUACCAUCCUUUAAGCGCAGCUGAUUUUGGAAAGAUCAUGAAAAACGUUUUUCCGAACAUGAAGGCACGCCGUUUGGGCAUGAGGGGGAAAUCAAAGUACUGCUACAGUGGGCUGAGAAAAAAAGCAUUUGUGCACGUGCCGUCACUCCCUAACCUGGACUUACACAAAUCAGGAGACGGGUGUGAGUUGUUGGACUCGACCGGACAGUCUCCCAGUGCUGAGGAUGAGAUGCGUUCUGCAGCUUGCGGUCUGGUCUGCGAAUGGGCUCAGAAGGUUUUGAGUCGCCAGUUUGACAAUGUGGACGAACUGGCACGCUUUCUUCUCAACAGUCACUAUAUAGGCACUAAGUCCAUGGCAGCUCUUACUGUUAUGACUGGAACCCCAACAGGUAUGAAAACCCCUACGCCUGCCUCUGCCUUUGUGCCAACCGGUGAAGCCAACUCAUUCCAGCCCCAAGUGAAGACCCUCCCUUCGCCUUCUGUAGACGCCAAACAGCAGCUGCAGCGGAAGAUUCAGAAGAAACAGCAGGAGCAGAAGCUCACCUCUCCUUUGCCCACUGAUGCCCAGGCCAGAAGGGCAGAGGCGGGCACACCCGGCCCUGGAUCCAGCCUGACCUCUGGAAGUCCUGCAAUACUGUCCCCUCAACCAACCAUAGGCAUUGUGGUCACUGCUGUUCCAAGUCCUAUCACAGUUCAGAGAAACCGGCAACUAAUGACCUCUCCAAGUCCUGUUGGGGCAGCAGAGGGAAAAGUUGUUCCUGUUAACUUCCAGGUCUUGACACAACCUGUUAAGCAGUCUCCAAAAACACCCCAAAAUUUCCCUGCCAGCCCAGUCGGUGACAGGUUGGCCAGACACCGAUAUGCUCAGAUUUUACCUAAACCCUCUGCUACAAGCGCCAUUGCACUUCGAUCGCCCCCAACACUCCUAAUCACCAACAGCCCCAUCAAGACGGUGAUGCCCACGCCCCAUGUUAGCUCUUUAAAUGUGGUCAAGAUGACUGCAAUUUCGUUAGCGCCUAGCAGUAGCAGUAGUAGCAGUAGUACUCCUACCCCGUUGCGACCUGCUUCGGCAGGUUUCAGUAGCACAGCUUCCCUGGAAGAAUCUUGCCAAAUCCAGCAAGUGCAGAAUGGGGCGUCGGUCAUGUCUCUCCAGUCAUCUGGGAAAGCUGGACGUCCCUCCACGACCCCAACUCCAUCAGCAUCCACUGUUACCAGUGAGAUAAAAGUGACAUUCGAAGCUGUGAAUGACAGUAACUCAGCUACUGCUGUUUAUAAACAAAUCACUGCAUCAGGGAACAGUACAGGACUUAAGAAUGAAAGAGCCACUAAAUUCAGGGCUUCCAGUGAACCCUCUUUUCUUAUUAAGGCGUCCCCUGUGCCUGAGAGAGUGACAAGGGCCAAGAGUGACUCUACAACCCCUUCAAGUACAAUCAUGGGGGCUCUUGCCCCAAGCAGCAAUAACAACAAUGAUCAACCAGAAAGUACUUUGUAUUUAACUGUAACUAGCCAGAAUGUAGAUGCUGAAUUGUCAUCCAUUUGUGCGAUGGCAACUGCAAGCACUUCUUCAAAAGAUGCUGGUCUCGGUCGAAAAAGCCCUCGAAAACGCUCUGCAUCUGUUUUGGAAACCCAUACAAUCCCAGUUAAAAGAGUAUUCAUUUCCCAGCAACCUUUGGAUGUUGGCUACAAUGCCAAGCCUGGUAUUGUAAUAGCAGCUAAGAAGAUUCAGAUAUCUGGCACUCCAGCAAGACCAGAGAGCGCUCCAUGCAAAGUUACACUAAAACAGAGUAGCUCUCUUCCAACUCAAAUCUUAGCUCUUUCUGACACUCCCAUUGGAGCCCUGGGCACCUCCCAGAUGGUUAAUCCUCAAUAUGAAGUUGCUGAUAUUAGCCCCAGUGAAACUGCUUCUGCUAAUAGCACAGCUUUACUGCAGCAAAUCCCAAGUCACCAACAAAUCAGCAGUGACAUUUGUCAGCAGGUAUCUACUGUAAGUGAACUCAAGAGUUCGCUGCAAGACCACUCGCAACAGAUGCAAGCAGAACACAAGCAGAUUGCCGCUAAUCCAUUAUCGUUGAUGGCCCAGGCAACUGAGACCACUAGUCAGCUCACUCUUCAGCAGGAAAUUGUUGAUUUUGCAGGAGCCCAAGCUAGUAUAGACUAUUUUCCCUUCAAUGAUGAUGAUAUGACCCAGGACAGUAUUGUAGAAGAGCUUGUACAGAUGGAGGAACAGAUGAAGCUGAAUAGCAGCUUGCAAUCCUACCUGAGCUGUGUUGAUAUAUCCCUACAAGGUCAAGCCACGGUUGGUCAAGGAACAAUCCUCUCGCCCCAUCAGACAAGUACACAGUUCUAUCAUUCGUCCCACAGUAGCGCCACGCCAAUCCACACGCCAACUCCGACGCCCACUCCAACACCAACACCUACACCAACUCCUACCUCCGAGAUGCUACCAGGGGGGCACAGCUUGACCAGAGAAAGCCCUUGUUCUCGAAUGGCACCUGUUACCCCAGUGGAUAGCAUCUUAGGCGGGCGCCAUACACCCAUCAGCACCCCACUGUCAAACUGCAGCAGCAGUGUUCCUCCAAGCCCCAUCGAAUGCCGCAAUCCCUUUGCAUUCACUCCAAUAAACUCCAGUAUAACUGGAUAUCAUGAUGGUAGCGUUGUGUCCAGCAGUCCAGUAAAACCCAUGCAAAGGCCAAUGGCCACCCACCCAGAUAAAGCCAAGCUGGAGUGGAUCAACAACAGGUACAACAGCACCGCAGGGUCUCCUGUUAUAUCCACCAAUGCUACCAUUGGUAUCCUGCCCAGUUAUCAGGAUCUGGUCGAGGACCACUUCCGUAAACCACACGCUUUUGCCAUCCCAGGUCAAUCUCUCCAGUCUCAGUCAAGGCAUCAGGACGGAAACUUGGGAAGGCUAACAACCAUUUCUCCAGUGCAACAAGGACAGCAAACCACCCUUAGUAGCAAGCAAGAAAGUUUUGCCGUCCCAGCUCCGUUGGACAACAAAGGGGCAGGAAGCACAUCUACAUCUGGAGGUGGAACCUUCCGGUGUCGCAGCGUUAGCCCAGCAGUUCGCCAGCGUAACCUUAGUGGCACCACUGCACAAACAGUCACCACCCCACGGUCUGUUGUUUCUCCCUUUAAUUGCCCCCUGACAUUUGAGGUUCUGAACAUUUUGUCCAACAACCAGUCUGGGGUCAGUGCCAGCAGCUUGGCCCAGAGGAGCCAAUCAGUUCCACUAAACAUCAUGAUGCAGUCUGAGCUGCUUCCCAUCAGUCACCAGGGGCAGCAAAGCAAUAGCGCUAAGAUCACCACCGUGCUCCUUAGCAAGAUGGACACGGAUGGAGACGAUGCAGUGCGAGGACUGGGUGUAAACAACCUGCCCGCCAAUUACACGGCACGGAUGAACUUAACCCAAAUCCUGGAGACGACACAGGGCUUCCCCGGAGGCCCCAACUCUCAGAACCAGCAGCUGCCUCUGGACUCAAGCCCUUCACCUUUUGACUUCCAGAAGACGGGUUACCUCAUAAGUGCGGGAGAGGAGCAAGUCACCUUCUGCAGUCGUGACAGUCAAGCACAAUCGGGCUCUGGACUGCAACAACCAGAAGAGCAGCUUCAGCUCCAGGAACUGCAGUUGGAGUUGCAAGACCAACAGCUACCACUCCAGAAUCAACAGCUGCAACUUCCAGAUCAGCAGUUACAACUCCGAGACCAACAGCUGCAACUUCAAGACACACAGUUGCAACUCCAGGACCAACAGUUACAGUUGCCGGACCCACAACAGUUACAAGAUGACCCAGAUCUCACCCAGCACCACUUGUUGGCCCAAACCUCGCAGCAGGUUGUGGAUCAGGUGCAGCAAGAGCAACUAGACUUCAACACUACUGUCAAGGAUCUCUUGGGGGAGGACAGCCUCAACCCCAGUUCGCAACUCAUCGGACAGGUGGCGUCAGAGCUCAGUGCUGUCGCCUCUGACUUUUCCAGCGAUAUCCGGUUGACUUCUGACCUUUCGAGUAGCAUUAACGACCUAAACACUUUGGACCCCAACUUGCUGUUUGACCCGAGUCAGCAGCAGGACCAAUUUGAAGACGCCACACUGGAAGAACUGAAGAACGAUCCUCUGUUUCAGCAGAUUUGCAGCGAUACUGUGAAUUCUGCUGGUUUUGAUUGGCUGGAGAAUAAAGACCAGCCAACCGUGGAAAUGUUGGGAUAAUAUUAUUUCCUGUUCUUUUACUGUUGAUGUUGCUGUCGUCUGUUGUCGUUUAUAUUUAUGGUUUCUGUUCAGCGUUUGUUUUUUGUAUUGCAACGUUUUGUGUAUCCUUUACGUACAAAAAUAUUGAAUGAUGUGUCUGUGCAGCAAAAAUCUGGACGCUUUGGACUGUCCAGUGUAAAGUGCCAGCCUGAGGUAAAUCUCUUACAGGCAUGUGCUUUAUCUGAAAUUUUUUUUUUACAAUGGUUUUGUUUGUAUUCCUGUUGUAUGAUUUCAUAGAUCAUUCCAGUCAUUUCUCCUCACUCAGAAGUAGGGCUGGGUAUCGUUCAAAAAAUGUAGAUACCGAUACCUUGACUUCGAUACCGGUUCC